AUGGAUGGUAUGGAUCUUGAUGAAUGGGACAGAGAUCCAUACCCACCGUUCCCCGAAGUGCUACCAACAGAAGCUCCCCUCAACAUACCAGCGAUGGCACCAUCAAGCACUCAGGCCAGCAAUUUGGCCUUCUCUGCUACACCUUCUACAUCUGAGGUCAUCACAGUAGAUGGCAGCAACAGCACUCGCCAUCUACACGCUGGCAUCAUCAUUGGUCGUGCAAAAUCACACUGUUGCCGCGAUCCCAAUGUCCGUCCAACAGCUCGAGCCAUUCUGAACAGCAAGGGGAGCAUCGCCAUGAAGGAUGUUGAAUUCUGCAAGGAGUUCGAAGACGCUGCUUCUGACGAACAGAGAAUAAUGGCAAUUCGUCUGAAACUUGAAGCUAAAUCCGGUGCAAGGCAACAACUCCAUGAAGGCACUGUCUCUAAAUCACCAUCGCCAGGCAGUGUUGCGAAGAAACGCAAGCGGGGAAAGGCCGUGGCGGAGAUUGCUCAGCAAGACGGAGAUGAGGAGAAGCUUAUCGAUCCCCAGGAGAAAUGGUUUGUCUCUCCUUACCCCAUUGCAUGUAUUUAUGGGUAUGUUUUGGUAUCUACAACGCCCCUUUUCAUGUCUUCACGUCACCAUCACCAACACGGCGCUUACCCGGCUCCACUUGCGCCUCUUCCCAUCAAUGGCCCUACCACCCUCAUUGCCCUGCGCGGCUUCGUCUCAGGCCAGCUCGCCUUUCGCCGUAGCGUCACGGCCUUCCCUACUUUCGACGACAUAUUCCUAGCUACGUACGAGGCCUGGCAGAACGAUCCCGACAAGUACCACUUACACUUGCACUUCUGCCAGGGUGAGGGCGUACUGUGCUCACGAGAAGAUCUCCUAGAGCGCAUCAGUUGGGAGAGUGGUGUAUACUUCAUCGGAGGAACGAUAUCGGUGUUUGCGCACUUUGCCAAGAGGCCACAGGCAGGGCCGUUGGCGGGACGCCUGAGAGCCGGACAGAGUGAAAGGGACUCAGGAUUAGCUGGUGAGCCAACGAGAACAAUACGUCGCCAAAAUCCGGACGCAAAAACUGCAUACUCGCUCUGUCAGCCGACCGAGCGACAGUACUUCUCAACGCCAUUCGUCUUCAUCUCUUGCCCGGGAUUAGCUCCAAGAGUUCAGCUGUUCCCAGCCAGGAUUGCUGAGAGGUGGCCUGGAUUCAGCUUCGAAAUUACAACAUCCAUAACAGAGAAACAGGCUUCAAGCCCUGUUGAGCCAAAACCGCGUAGUAGUGCAGCUGCUUCUACCGUUGCGCCUCCAAUUCCAGCACCGAUUCAGAUGAGCAAUUAUCUGAAGCCGCAAGUAUCCAACAGCGAUUCCAGUGACGACAGGAUAUCGAGCCCUGAGUAUGGCGUCGUAGAGGAGGACGGGGACGACGAGGAGGAGGAGCAACCAGCAGAGCUCGGUGUGGACUCAGUUCCGCGCGCGACGGAAAGCUUGCUCGUGGCCGAACGGGGCGCGUCUGAAGAAAGUGAAUCACUGUUCAUCUCUGAGUAG